AUGCGACGACCCAACGGUGAUCAGUUCACCUGCAUCUCCCCCCAGCCUUUGCCAAACGGUGACUCCGCCUGUGACUGCUUCCUCUCCAAUGGCACGCAGCCCAGCUACUUCUCCAAUCACAUGUUCUUCGACUUUCGGAAUCUGACCAAGGACGCCGGCGUCCCAGCACUCAUCACCAACGAGACGCUGGCAACAAUCGCCCGUCCGACGAGCGAGUACUUUUCCAGCGAUGAAUGGACGAGUGUAUGGCAGCUUCAAGGAUGGAGUAAUAGCGAGGGCAAGGGCAAGAGCCUGUCUGGCGCGGCAACGGUCCUAAUGGUCAACUCUCCAAGCAACGUGUACAUCCAAAAGAACGGCGACGACAAUGCCGCAUCAGACACGUACAUGGCACUAAGAACUCAGCGUCUUCCCAAAUUCCAGACCGCAGCAGCCUUCCAGACAAAGACGUCGGACUAUCAGUUCGUGUCUCUGCGCAUGCUGGCCCGAACAACUGGCGGUCCAGGAGCCGUAACCGCCAUGUUCACGUAUCGAGAUGCCACGUCGACAUCUAGCGUGCAAGAAGCAGACUUUGAAGUCCUGACUCGCGGUCCGCGGGAAAGAGUCCAGCUCACCAACCAGCCCUCCUUCAACAGCAAUGGCCAGGUGAAUCCAGAUGCCACGCGCAACGUCACGCUGCCGGACAGCAUGAUCUGGAGCCAAUGGGCUGUUUACCGGCUCGACUGGACUUCACAGAGCAGCGUCUGGUAUGUAAACGGUCAGCAGCUUGCCAACGUCACAUUCCAGGUCCCGCAGGAAGCUUCGGGAAUCAACUUCAAUGCAUGGAGCGACGGCGGAAGCUGGAGCGGAAACAUGAGCGUGUAUGACCAGGCCGGCCUGCAGAUCCAGUGGAUCGAGAUGAUAUACAACACCUCCGCCCAGACGCCAGCAAGGAGGGAUCCCAGUCGCCUCUGGAGCCGCGACACGGGCCCCCAGGGAGAACUGCUCCGGCGGCGAGACUUGUCGUCCCGCACAAGCAGUGACAGCUGCAAGGUCGUAUGCAGCAUCGACGAGGUCGCGGAAGCGGGAGUCGCCACUAUGCUGUGGAAUAGCACAGCCACGCGGAUAGUCGCCUCUGUAGCCGUAACACGAUACACUAUCUAG